AUGGCAGUUUUGAUCGAAACAACAUUGGGAGAUUUGGUGAUUGACCUUUUUGUCAAAGAACGUCCAAGAUGUUGUUUGAACUUUCUAAAAUUAUGCAAAAUGAAAUAUUAUAAUCUUUGCCAGUUUCACUCUAUUGAGGAAGAUUAUAUAGCUCAAACUGGUGAUCCAACUGGAACUGGUCGAGGAGGCGAAUCAAUUUUCAAGCAAUUAUAUGGUGAUCAGGCACGUUAUUUUGAGCCAGAAUUUGUUCCUAAGAUGAGGCAUACUCGAAUGGGUCUUGUAUCUAUGGUUAAUAAUGGAGCGAACAUGCUUGGAAGCCAAUUCUUCAUAACACUUGCUGAUAGUCUGGAUUACUUGGAUGAUAAGCAUACUAUAUUUGGGCAAGUCACUGAAGGGUUAGAAACGCUCGAAAAGUUGAAUCAGCAAAUAUGCGACGAACACAAACGACCUUAUCGCGAUAUAAGAAUCGCACAUACAAUAAUUCUUGAAGAUCCUUUUGAUGAUCCACCACUUAAAUUUCCCGACCGUUCACCUUCUCCAACUAUGGACCUUUUUAAUUCAUCACAAAUCGCUCUGGAUGAACGAAUAAAUGAAGAUGAAGGAAAAACUGAAGAGCAAAUUAAAAAAGAAAUGGAAGAUCAAGAUAUGGCUGCUCAGGCCCAAAUUCUUGAAAUGGUUGGUGAUUUACGUUAUGCUGAUGAAAAACCUCCAGAUAACGUCCUGUUUGUUUGUAAAUUGAACCCAGUCACUACAGAUGAAGACCUUCAGAUUAUUUUUUCUCGAUUUGGGAAAAUUAAUUGUUGUGAAGUGAUUCGCGAUUGGCGUACUGGUGCCUCGCUUCAAUAUGCAUUCAUUGAAUUUGAUGAUGCGGCCAGUUGCGAAAAUGCCUAUUUUAAAAUGGAUAAUGUUCUUAUUGAUGAUCGUCGAAUACAUGUGGAUUUCUCGCAGUCAGUGGCCAAAAAUUAUAAAUGGAAACGAACAGAAGGUGAAGAUUAA